AGUGUGCCCAAGGGCCGUUGAAAGCCCCCUUGGGGGAAUUUCAUAAAUACACAAAGAACAAGGAAAGCCUCCUGGACGAUUGUUUUUGUUUUUACACACGCUCUCUCUCUCUCACACACACACACACACACACACACACACAUACACAAACACACACACACACGCACGCACGCGCACAAACACCCACUGACAAGGACAUAGAGAGAAUGUUGGAGGUCCAAGAGGAGAGGCCAGCGGCGGCAGGUACAGCAGCGACACAUUUCACCAAGAAAGAGCGAGGGAAGAAGGACAGAGACGAGGCCAAGGACAGUCGGGGGAAUCUCUCCAACAUUGGAAACCCUGUUUCUGGCUCCAGGAACGUGCGCAAUAAAACGUCGCUCACACACACAGGAAGCCCCCACCAGCUCAUCACUCCACCCUGUUCUGUAGUCCUGGGAGCCCCAUCAAUGCACUCCAAUAGGCUAAAGAACUCCCCGUCCACCAACACACAGAGCCCUAAACCUAAGACGGAGGCCAUGGUACGAUCACCUCCUGUCAUGUCCCCCUCCACUGCCGCCCAGAUGGACUCUAAAAUGCCCAAUCAGGGUAAACCAGGGAGCACAGGCAGCCAGUCACAGGCUUCUCCCUGUGACCCCAAAACCCUGAGUGCCAAAGGGUCUCAAAACGUUUCAGGGGGAAUGGGGCUGAAGAACGGACAGGGUCUGACAUCAGGAGCAAGCUCGAAGGUGAAAGUCAAAAGGGAGAGAAGUAACUCUGUGGAGUCAUUUGAGCAGCCAGAUAGUGGCACACCCACCAGUGAGGAAAAAGAUAGUAGCAGGGUGAAGAGGAUGUGUGUGGCGGAGAGGAGGCAGCCAUACAGUGGAGCUGACUGGUGCUCUGGGGGAGAAAGCGAUGAAGAUGACAAAGGAUUCUUCAACUGUAACUCCAGUGAUGUGAAGCCCCAGGACUCUGUCACACAUUCUACCUCCAAUGCUGGACUCAGUCGUUCCUCCACACCCUCCCACAAUAUGCUCGGAGGUCAGGGCUCCACAACAGAACCCGCCAGUGGCCAGAAACCAGGAUCAAAACUUGUUUAUGUCUUCACAACAGAAAUGGCGAACAAGGCAGCUGAUGCAGUUCUAACUGGCCACACAGAAAACAUUAUCACCUUCCACAUGAAAAAUAUCUCCAACAGCAAGGAUAAAGCUCAUCUCUUGAACAACACAACGGGCAUCCUACGAAAUGACUCCAAGCCUCCACAGCAGCCUCCAUCCCAUGCUCAAGAUCAAAGUCACCAGCCUGGAUCGAAGCCGUCCUUACCUGGAAUGGCAGAGCCAGCACAAUCCCAGCCUUCAAAUCAAGGGAGCCAAUCUGGUGUUAUUCCACAGGAAGGGCCAUCCUCAACCGGCAUGGAACCCAAAAAUAUUCCAGGCAAUAGCCCCAGCAACACUACUGCCCCAGUUGACCAGGCGUCCGUCAACCAGUCUGAGCCAGGCCUAAACCCUCCCACAUCGGUUGAAGGAGGGCAAGGUGGCGGCUCUAGUGGAGCAGGCCUCACACCCCAGCAGCAGCAGCAACAGCAGCAGCUCGCACAGGAGCUGCUGAACAUGGAGGCCAACACAGAGGGUCUGUCCCAAGAACAGUUGGAGCAUCGCCAGCGCUCCCUGCAGACCUUGCGGGAUAUUCAGCGCAUGCUCUUCCCUGACGACCGCGAUGCCCCUCCACCUGGACCUCCACAGCCCCAUGGGGGACCCCACGAUGGGGGCCCAGAGGGUGCACCCCGGCGGUCAGAGCAGGGCCCCCUCCAGGCAAUGAUGGCACAAUCGCAGAGCCUCGGACCACCAGGUGGACCUGGAGGACCACGUCCACAAGGUCCACCCUUUGGACCGCCACAUGGUCCGAGGGACAUGCCCCCCUUUCCACAGGAUGAAAUGGGGCCACACAUGGGAGGUCCAGGCAGCUGUGGUGAAGGAGAUCAGAUGACCCCAGAACAGGUGGCAUGGUUGAAGUUACAACAGGAGUUUUAUGAAGAGAAGAGGAAAAAACAAGAAAUGCAACACCGACCACUUCCUCCAGACAUGAUGAUGCACCCCCAUGGCCCACGGGGCAUGAUGCGAGGGCCCCCGCCUCCGUACCAAAUGGGCCCAGGAGAAAUGUGGGGGGGGCCAGGUGGUCCGGAGCACUACCCGCCGGAGCGAAUGGGCAUGGGCCCAGGCCCCAGGGGUAUGCCUCCACAUAUGCAGAGGAUGCCUGGUUUCUCCGGUAUGAUGAAUCCUGAGAUGGAGGGUCCACCGAGACCAGGAAUGGGCUGGCCUGAUGAUAUGCCUCCCCGUAUGGGUGAAGCGCGGGGUUUCCCUGGAGGGCCUGGAGGAAUGUUUGCUGGUCCAGGUGCUCGUGGUGAACGUUUCCCAAACCCUCAGUCAGUCCAAGAAGCAAUGUUCCAUCAAGGAAUGGGUGGAGAGAAGGGUCUCCCCCCUGGGAUGAUGAUGGAUGUGCAAAGGAUGAUGGGACACCAAAGAGGGGGGAUGGAACCCGGUAAUGGCAUGGGUAUGUUUCCCAGAAUGCCAGGUGAUGGUCCAAUGAGUCCGUCCUCAAGACUCCAAGGAAUGGGGGGUCGGGAAAUGGGGCCUGAGUUUGGUAUGGGGCCUGGCCCAGGGCCAGGACCUCAUAUGCACCCUUCUAAAUUAAGAGAUGCCCCAAUGAAUAUGAGUCCUGAAGAAAUUAUGAGAAUGAGGGGUGGCGGAGGACCUCCAAUGGAGAAUAUGGGCCCACAAGGAAGGCCUAUGCAGGUUCCACCCUUCCCUGAGCAGGCACCAUCAGGAGACUUUCCAAUUGGGCCUGGGCGGCCCUUCCCAGGGGGACCUGGAGGAAUGAGGGGUCCGCAUGCAGACCAGGCAUUUGGUCCAGAGCAUAGAUCCACUCCAACAGGAGGAAACGGGCGGAUGAACCACCUUCCAUCUGCUGGUGGUCCCCCACAAGGUCAAAGGGGCCGUAAGCCAGCAGACCUGAAUGUCCAAGCAGGAGGGGGGAACUCCCCCAGUGUCAACCCUCUAAAGUCCCCUCCACUGAGGCAAGUGCAGUCUCCCAUGAUGGGUUCUCCCUCCGGAAACCUGAAAUCUCCUCAAACACCGUCCCAGCUGGCUGGCAUGCUCACCGGUCCUACAGGCUCCAAUGCUCCUCCAGCUCCUCCAUCUUCUGCACCAAUGAAGUCUCCCCACUCCAUGAUGGGAUCAGCAGGGGCUUCCCCUGUUCACUUGAGGUCACCCUCACUUCCCAAUCCCUCUCCAGGUUGGGCUUCUUCACCAAAACCACCCAUGCAGAGUCCUGGAGUGCCCCCUCAGGGUGGCAAGCCUCCACUCAGCAUAACUUCACCAAACAUGAUGGGAGGCAUGGAGCAGGGUGGGAACGGUCCUCCCACAGCACCUCCUUCAUCAGGGGCUCCAUCCGGCUCCAUGUCCCUCCCCGGGAAUGUCCCGUCUGGCAGCCCCUACACCAUACCUCCAGAACCAACAUUAUCCCAGAACCCUCUCUCCAUCAUGAUGUCACGCAUGUCCAAGUUCGCAAUGCCCAGCUCCACCCCGCUUUACCACGAUGCCAUAAAGACCGUUGCCAGCUCGGAUGAUGACUCGCCUCCGGCUCGCUCCCCCAACCUGCCUUCAGUGAACAAUAAUGGUAUGCCUAUGAAUCACCAAGGAAAUCCACGCAUGAUGGGUCCUGGCAACCCCGGAUCCAUGCCUGCGCUCAGCCCUCUGGGAAUGAACCCGGUGGGUUCCCAGCCUCUCUCCCACGGCAUGCCGCCACAGAUGCCCUCUCCCAAUGCCCCGAAUAUGGGCCCAGGCAUGAUGUCUCAUGGCAUGAUGAUGCCGCCAAAUCCCCAAGACCCUGGUAUGGUCAACCCUCAAAUGAUGGCCCAGGGACGCAUGGGCUACCCUCACCGAGGCCAGGGAUACCCCCUGACCCAGUCCCCUUCCCAGCAAGGCCCUUUCUCCCCACACAAUGGCCCUGGCCCCCAGGGUUUCCCUGGUCAUCCUAUGGGCUUUCAAGGUGAGGGGGGACCUAUGGGAGGGCGGAUGGGGAGCAUGCCUCACGGGGCAGGGGGUGACGGUGGCAUGUGCAAGCCCAACACCCCCGGCGGGCCAGAGUUUAACAACAUGCAAGGUGGAUUCAGCGACGCAGACCUUCAUGAGGUGAUGCGACCAGGAGCUUCUGGCAUUCCUGAAUUUGACCUGUCCAGGAUAAUUCCAUCAGAGAAGCCCAGCCAGACUCUGUCAUAUUUCCCCCGAGGUGGAGGAGACAACCCUGGGGGGAAACCCCCGCACCCCUCCGGCUUCCCCAUGCAGGGCAUGAUAGGAGAUGGCCCACCACGGAUGGGGAUACCCAUGCAAGGGAUGGGAGGGAUGUCGGGUGGGCCCGGUGGGGGAAUGGGCCCCCAAGACAUGCCGAUGGGUAACCCUGGCCACAAUGCCAUGCGGCCACCAGGAUUCAUGGGCCAAGGUAUGAUGGGACCUCAGCACCGGAUGAUGUCUCCAGGGGGUCCGGGAGGGAUGAUGCAGGGGAGACAAAUGGCUCAUCCAGGCCCCGGGGGCUCGCCCAACAUGAUGAUGUCACUGCAGGGCCUUGGUGGCCCCCCACAGCAGACAAUGAUGAUGGGGGGCCAGAUGAGGCCACGUGACAUGGACAUGGGAUUUAGUCCAGGCCCUGGAAUGUUCUAAUCCAACAGAGACCUUGUAACUAGAAUGUUCUUGGACAAUACGCGAGGAUGGAAUAAAGAUACUGGAGCGCAGCGAGUAUUCAGAAAACUGGUGGACUCAAGUAAAUGAGGUAUAAAAUGAGGAUGUGCCCAGAAAAGGAACUUGCUGAGGCCAACCUAUCACCCAGUAAUGUCUUGUGGGAGUUAUUCCAAUGGAGACUCUGACAGGCCCAGAUUGGAGUUUGCCCCAUGAACAUUUAAUUUUGACUCAUGAACUGCAGAAUGUAUGGGAUUGUUGUGUAUCAAUUUCGCAGAACUGUUCAUGUGUUUUUUUGAUUAUCUGACUAUAAAGAUGACUUCGACAUCAAAGAGAAAUCAACCUAACUAAAAGUCAGCGUGGAGAUGCUACAGUAUAUGUCUACUUUUUUCAAAUUAAAAAAAAGAAAAAAACAAAUUUGUCACAUAAGUGGUAUGGAAUAAGAGAAAGGAGGAACAACUUUUGCUUUGUGAAGACUUUAGUGGAAAUCCAUCAUGUCUCACUCCAUUGUUUUGACUGUUUCUGUACAGUAUAUACGUGAGAGUGUGUUUGUGUGCUUGGCAGAUUGUAUGUCAGUGUGGUAUGUAUGUAUGUGUGUGUGUAUGUGUCUGUAUGUAUAGGCAUUCUAUCAGUGACCUCUCAACUCCUCUCACCCAACUUUCAUGGGGGAGGAAUGCCCCCUAAAAUACUGUACUGUUUACCAUUGGUGGGCUAUUCAAAUUUUAGUCUAUUUUAAUUUCCUUUGUAACUCCAGUGUAUAACAAACCAAACUAUGACCUCAUUAAGAUAAUAGUAUUAUUAAAAAAAAGCACAAACAUGGACCAUCUGCAGAAGGCGUCUUCUUUCUCUAUUUUUACCAUUUAGAGCAACACACUCAUUGUGAGGGUCCUGGCAGCUUCGCAGCACCAUGAUCUGCUCCAGUCCAUUUCAACUUGGGGAUGAUAUUUGAUUUUGUGCUCCAAACCUUUCAGGAUUCGACUUUUGCCAGCGUGAAAAAAUAUUGCUAAUACCCAGAUGUGCUAUGUGUGUUCUUCUUGUUCCUGUUGUGUUCCUGUUUUGUUUUUGACUCUUGUUGACUCUGGGUAAUAAUCAUUCCCACAGCAAUAAUCCCCCCCGAUGGUCAGCAGAGUGGGACAGGAGCUGGCUGAAUGCCAGAGCAGGUUUGCCAGGUGUUGUAGAAUUAGAGUUAGGUAGAUCUGGUAACAUUUAGCAAGGCAGGUGUGGUAUCCUGAGUGAGAGACACAAAAAUGUAAACACGUACUGCUUACCAUCCAGUUGACUUCCUCUCUUUUCUCUAUUGUAUAAGCUUGUCAUGUGUUUCUCCAUUGGCUUUGGUGCAGAAAAGCCUACCAGGGCUGUGGUGAUGGACUACAAAUAAAAGAUAUUGUUUUGGUAU